AUGUCCGCGGAAACCAACUUCCGCCAGCUGUUUGCCAACUGGAGCCAGCGGCUGAGUGCUGCUGCCACCAAUACCACAUCGGGACCGCAACCAGUGCUCGCAGAAUGGACCGAUUACGUGCGACUGGGGGUGGGCAACUUAUACACUCAGUUGCCGCUGUAUCUGGGCCAGACCCAGCCUGAGGAGCCCGGGUGGUUUCAGCUUGGCCGCGUCGACCGGCUCAUAGGGUUCGGCGCCUGUCUCGCCGCCCUGACCCUCUGUUUCGUCCUCUGCGUGUUCAUGUUCCCCGUGCUUGCGCUACGGCCGACGAAAUUCGCCAUGUUGUGGACGAUGGGGUCGUUACUAUUUAUCGUACUGUUUGGCGUGUUAUCAGGUCCCGUGGCCUAUACCAAACACUUGCUUUCGGCGCUGAGAAUACCGUUUACCGCCAUCUAUUUUGGCCUGGUGGUCAUGACGGUAUGGUCAGCGCUAGUGCUAAAACUGACGGUGCUAGUGAUCAUAUCCAGUGCCAUCGAGUUGGUGGCGGUGGUGUACUACGUGGUGAGCUACUUCCCCUUUGGCGCCCAGGCAAUCACCUUCUUCUCGAGCUACAUCAUGGGCUACGUGGGAGGGUUCUUUGGUGCCGUAUUCUAG